AUGGCACAUGGAACACACGCUGAUGGUAUAUCAAUACGGCUUGUUCAAAAGAGACACGCCUUUCCGUUUGGUACAGCAGUAAAAGCAUCUUUUCUUGUUGAUGACACACACCAGGCCUAUCAGAACUUCAUCUUUAACAACUUUAACUGGGUUGUCCUGGAAAAUGCUCUAAAGUGGAAACAUCUUGAGAGGACAGAGGGGCAUCCUAAUUUUGAUACAGCUGUAGGAGCAAUAUCGAAACUACGAUCACAUGGUUUAGAUCACUGGGAUGUUUAUAACGAGGCAUUACAUGGACGUUAUUUUGAGGAACACACUGGGGACCCAGAUAUCAUCAAAGAGAUGUUCCGUUGGCUUCACGUCGCACAACCCCAAUCAAAACUGUUCCUCAAUGACUAUAAAAUUGUUCCCUCAAAUCUUUUCACAACGGCUCUGAAAAACCAGGCGCUACAACUACUUAAAGACAGUGUUCCGUUGUAUGGAAUCGGUAUUCAGAGUCACUUCAAGACUUCUCAGAUAGACCUAGACGUCAUUAAGUAUAGACUUGAUAAAGUAGCAGAAGCUGGACUUAAGAUCUGUAUCACAGAACUGACGAUUCGAGUAGCAAACAGCACCAAAAAGGCUGCAGCUUUGGAGGACCUAACUCUGUACUUUAGUCACCCAGCGGUAGAGGGGGUACUCUUGUGGGGGUUCUGGGACGGAGCCAUACGUGACAAGGAUGCUUCACUGUUUACAGGAUCUUCUAUAACGGCAAAUGCUGCUGGACAAAAAUAUUUAGAUCUGGUGAAAAAGACAUGGUGGACAGACUACACCCAUAUGAUAACUUCCGGUCACGUGUUACGUACCAGUGUAUUUAAAGGAGACUACCAACUUCUAGUUAAGCAUAAUGGAAAUAUAAUUCAUCGAGAAAACCUGGCAAUUGAUUCUGCAGGAAAGGAUAUUACAGUCCAUGUAACAGACGACCAUCAAGUAACACAGAUUGCGUUUGGCUAA